GCGAUUAUCAUCGGACGUAAACACAUAGAUGGGCGAUAUAAAGCGCGUCUGUUCGUACCUGAACGCGUCGGACUUGACGCCCUCCUUACCCUCGUUCGUCCUGUCUUGCUGCUUGCUGCGAUGCGUUCUCUCUCGCUGCUAGCUUGCAUUUCUGCCUUCCUUCUGGCCUCUUCCGAUGUCGUCGACGCCAAGGUCUCACGCGUCAGGCAUCCGAAAAUGAAGCGCCCUCAUCACCAGGCGCGUGCCAUCGGCGCGUACAACGACCUUGCUCGCGAGUUGACGUCACGGAGCUCUGGGUCUGCGUCGAGCUCUGGUUGGGAUUCGAAGGCUCCUAAGACGACUGCUCCGAAGUCAAAUGUGUGGAAGGCUUUGAGCAACGACGAGGCGGCUGGUGUGAUCGAGUUGUUGCACGCGCAGGACUGGUUGAACUUGACGAGUGCUGAGGAUGCCGGAACUUGGGACAAUACCAUUUCGGUUGUUGAGACCCUCACGCCGAACAAGACUGACGUUCUUCCCUUCCUCACCGCUGGAGCUGAAGCUCCUGAGCGUUGGUCGCGUGUUAUCAUCAUGUUUGCUGCAACGGAGGAACCAUAUCUCCAGGAUUUCCAGGUCGGCCCACUUCCGGUCACGAACGAUACCACGAUCACUCCUCUCGACUGGUACAGCACCAAAGGUCAAUCUAUCCAGCGCAAUUAUGACGCAGACAGUGAUCUGGUCUAUGAGUUCAUCACCAACGCCACCGAGACUGUUCAGGAUAUUCUGGAUGAUCUCCUCGACGGAGUUGACUUCGGUGACGAUGACGCUGACAUCGACAUCUGGGGUGUCGACCCUCUUCAACACUCAUACGGCCGUGUCAUCCAAUGGGUCACGAUCUGGCAGACGCCCAGCACCGUCUUCGACGGCGAGACCCUCAUGCCCGAAGGUAUCUACUUCCAAGUUGACCAAACCGGCCGCGAUCCCGCCGACUGGGCCGUCCUCGGCUGGUUCUACGACAACAUCUACUACAACUCGACGCAGGCCUUCCGCGACGCUUGGGAGGCGGGCGAGUUGAGCAGAAAUGUGAUCAACAAGCAGGGUGAUUGGAUUGGAAGCGACUGGACGGGCGAGAAGAUGGAAUUCGAUGAGAAGGCGCCGCCGGUUAUGGUUCAGCCUGGUGGAGAUGAGGGUUUGAGGUAUAAGGUUGAUGUCGAGGAGCAGUACGUCGAGUGGAUGGACUUCUCCUUCUACAUCGCCUUCAGCCGCGACACAGGAAUGACACUAUUCGACAUCAAGUACAAGGGCGAACGCAUCAUCUACGAGCUUGGUCUCCAGGAAGCCAUCGCUCACUAUGCAGGUCACGAUCCUGCCCAGAGCGGUGUCGCGUACCUCGAUACUUACUACGGCUUCGGUCCCUACGCUUUCGAGCUGUUGUCUGGCUACGAUUGCCCGACUUACGCCACUUACCUCAACUCGACCUUCCAUGUUGAUGAGCUGUCGAAGACCCACAGGAACUCGAUCUGUUUGUUCGAAGCGGACAUGCCCUACCUGAUUCAACGCCAUGCGAGCAUGAACUACGUCUCCGCCAGCAAGAACAUCGCCUUCAUCGUUCGUUCCGUCUCUACCGUCGGCAACUACGACUACAACUUCGACUACACCUUCUACCUGGAUGGAACUGUCGAGACCACUGUUCGUGCCUCUGGGUACAUUCAGUCCGCACACUACAAGAACAACGAGGACUACGGCUACCAGAUCCACGACGGCCUGUCCGGCUCCAUGCACGACCAUUGUCUCACCUUCAAGGCCGACAUCGACAUCGUCGGAACUGCCAACACCCUCGCCAAGCAUGCCGUCGUUCCCGUUUCGGUUGAAUAUCCUUGGAGCAACGGUACCGUCAGGAAUACGAUGAAGUUGGAGCGGAGCUACGUGGAGAGCGAGGACGAGGGCAAGCUCAUGUGGCCCACAAACUCCCAGGCGAUGUACGUUGUCGUGAACAAGAACGAGACGAACAAGUAUGGCGAGCCGAGGGGUUACAGGAUCAUGCCCUCUUUGGGUGGAGGCAUGCACCUCACCAUCACGAACUCGACCAACCUCCUGAACUCGCAGAGUUUCGCUACGCAUCAGCUCUAUGUUACGAAGCAGAAGGAUACCGAGCCCAAGGCCGCGCACGCCAACAACAAUUACGAUGUCGCCAACCCGAUCGUCGAGUUUGACAAGUUCUUCGACGGAGAGUCCCUUGACCAGGAAGACAUUGUUCUGUGGUUCAACCUCGGCAUGCACCAUGUUCCCCACACCGGCGAUCUCCCCAACACCGUCUUCACCACAGCCCAAUCCUCCAUGCAAAUAAUGCCGCACAACUACCUCCUCGGCGACCCCUCUCGCAACUCCCGCCAAACCGUCAGGCUGGACUACUCCAACGAUGAUGGCGUCACGGACGUGAAGACAUUCGGCGCGCACUUCGCGAAAGGCACUGCGAACUUGUCAGCCACUACGCCCGAUUUCUACGCGUAUCAAGGAGAUGUGGCGGUCAGGAAGUUCCCUUACGAUCCUCAAGAUCCUUUCAACGACACUGAAUCUAUUGUUUAA